AUGCGGCCACGAAGAGCAGCAGCAGUGGCCGCAAUUGCCAUCUUUAUUGCAACAUCGUCCGCCUCGGCGGCGUCUUUAAGCCCGCCGGCGGCGCCCUCGCCGCCUGGGCCCGCGCCACUGCCGGGCCUGGACGCGCGCCUCGUGGCGCUGGCAGGGCGGCGCAAGACCUUGGUACUGUACUCUGUGGCAUCGCUCAGCGACACCACUGCCCUUGAGAACCUCCGCCACUUUGUGUCCACGGCCGUACCUGCAGCCGCGCCGGGCCCCGUCCACUACGUCUUCCUUAUGCCCCCCGCCAUCAGCGCCGCUGCCGCCGCCGGUGCGAGCGCGGACGCGGAUACCGCCGUGGACGCGGGUGCCGAGGGCGGCGACAGCCCUGCGCGCACGGCGGCAGCAGAGACGGCGGCGCGCACGCUGCCGCCGCUGCCAAGCGGCGCGAACGCGCGCUACGUGGCCGGCGCGCCCGCGUGCGCCCACGGCUGGGGCGCGUUUGGCUGGUACCUGCAGGAAGGGGACCCGGGGGCGGCUGCAGCGUAUGACGCACUCGUCUUCCUGUCUUCCUCCAUGGCCGGCCCCUUCCUCCCGCGCUACGUCCAGGGGCGCCUGCACUGGCUGACGCCCUUCCUGCGGAAGCUGGACGGACACGCCAGGAUCGUGUCACCCACCAUCAGCUGCGCGCGCACGCGCGCGCCCGGUGCCGGCCGCGGCGCACCCGCGGCGGCGACGGCCGCGGGCGCGGGCGGGUCGAGCCGGCGGGUGCCGCAUCCCGAGCUCGGAGCCGUGGCGCUGGAUGCUGAGGCCCUGCGCUUCCUCCUGGCGCUCAACGACGAGGAGGGCGCGCCGGGUGCCAGAGGCGCCUCGCCAACAGGGGCCGCCCAGCAGCGGGAGCUGCGGGAAGGUGGGCGGCGCGAUGGCGGCGGAAGCGGCGGCGGCGGCGGCGUUUUCGGCUGCUACGCCAGCGCGGCGGUCGCGGAGCACCACGUCGCGGCGGCGGCGGCGGAGGCGGUCCUGCAGCGCGGGUGGUCGAUUGACUCCCUCAUGCUGCGGUACCAAGGCAUCAACUGGGUGCGCGAGCCGCAGCACUGGCACUGCAACGCAGGGCUGAGCCCGCAGCAGGGCGACUGGCUGUAUGACGGCGUCCCCUUGGAUCCGUUGGAGGUCAUGUUCGUCCCGCGCCAGGCGCACCUGGUGGCGCGCGACGCCGCGGCUGCGGCGCACGCCGGCCGGCUUCAAGCGUGGGCGCAGGCGUCAGCAGGCUCCCCCGAGACGGCCCUCGCGUCUGCCGCCGCAAACGGCCACCGCGUCGCGGCCGCGCGCGCGAGGCGGCUGGCGCGACUGGAGGCGGACGCCAUGUCGGGGGCGGCCUGCUUUGACGCCGAUUACUACGCGGCAGUACACCCAGAUUUGGGCAUGCUGGCCGGCGACGCGGCAGCGCUGUACAGGCACUACGAGCUGCAUGGAAUGGCGGAGGGGCGGCGCCACAGGUGGCGGUGCGAGCCGCUGCGCGAGGCGCUGGUGGUAGCGCCGCUGCAGCGGGUUGUCCGCGCUCUUGCAGACGCAGAUGCUGAUGUGGCAGGUGCGUAA